AUAACUGUAAUGUUUUUAUGUAAUUAUAAUGAAUAAUGUGCAAUUAAACAUUUUUGAAAAAUCAAUUCUCAAUAUACAAAUAUUAUCCUUGAUUAUUUUUAUAAUAAUUACAAAUUUAAUAGGUAUUAAUUUAACAAACUAUGAGUUCAUUAUAGACAAAAAUACCGGUGCAAAGUUGGCACUUAAGACAAACAUCUACUAUAUUAUCCAAAACACAAAGUCUGACCGAUUUUUGCUAUGGUUUGGACCCAACUCUACACUACCCGGGGAUUUGGUGUCCGAAAAGGCCAAAACAUAUCACGUGUUUAAUAACCUAAAUAAUGGCUGGUAUCGUAUGAAUCACUAUUUCGGUAGUCAUAACGUAAAGAUAGCCCAGGCACAUAAUGAGGGCUACUACUUUAUUUAUAACCAACCUUGCUAUAUACAGAACAACGAUGGCGAUUAUCCUAACGGCGAGAUCAAUGAAUACGGAUCUAUUAGUUGUGUUACUUCCGAAAUGAACAGGGAUUAUCAGGAAUAUAAGUGGGAGUUCACUGAAAAACCUGGACAAAUAAGCACGACUACAACGACCACAACCAUCACUACUAUUACUACUACUUGCCUCAACCACCAGUAGCAAGGUACUCAUCAACAGUACAACCAAGAUAUUUAGAUGAUAUUUAUGACUAAAACGUC